UGAGAAAAAAGAUCUGUAUCUUGUUUUCCUAAGUUUCAUGUCGUUUUCUCCUCUAUUUUGGGUGACCGUUACAUAACAAACAGUGCAAUUAACGUUAUUUUCUGUGGAUAAUCUUCACUCAGAUAAAGCAAAGAGAAAACAUUUACUCUGUAUGUGAAUCGCUAUUAAGGAAUUUUUCAAAAUGGCCGUCGAAUGUGUGAUAAAAAAUGCAACAAGUACAGUUGGAGAAGGUCCCCACUGGGAUGACAUGACAAAUACACUUCUCUAUGUGGAGCAUCAGGAAAACGCUAUCCAUAGAUUUAACCCAGAGACGAGCGUUGGUGAUAAAAUAAUACUAGAGGACACUGUAGGAUUUGUGGUACCCGCUAAAAAGGGUGGAUUGAUAGCUGGCGUCGGUCGUCGUCUAGUUCAUGUUGACUGGGAUACGAAAAAGGUGACCAAACUUCACGAGGUGGAGAAGGGUUUAAAGACAUGCUUUAAUGAUGGAAAAUGCGAUCCAAGAGGAAGGGUCUGGGCAGGAACAAUGGGGCCUUAUGAUCCUGACGUGGAGAAUAUGCCUAAAAUUGGUAGUCUAUAUUGUCUUGACCUGGACGGCAGUCUGCACACAAUGGUGAAAGAUGUUGGUAUCUCUAACGGUCUUGCUUGGACCAGUGACGAAAAAACAAUGUACUACAUUGACUCGACACCACGAAAAAUAUAUCGCUAUGAUUAUGACGUAACUACAGGACAGAUCUCUAACCAGAAAGUGAUUGUAGACCACGCUGGAAAACCAUUACUAGACUUCGGUUUUCCUGACGGAAUGACCAUUGAUACAGAGGGUAAACUAUGGGUAGCAUGCUUCGUUGCCAGUAAAGUUGUUCAAUAUGACCCACAGACAGGUAAACAACUGCAGGCUGUCAACAUCCCUGCUUUAGGAAUAACGUCAUGUUGUUUUGGUGGGAAGAAUUUGGAUGAACUUUACGUCACAUGUUCUGCUCAUGAGUUUUCUAAGGAAGAGUUUGAAAAAUAUCCUAUGACUGGUUCUGUUUUCAGAGUUAAAGGUCUUGGUGUAAAAGGUUUUAAGGCACAAAUAUAUGAAGGAGAAAUCAAAGAGGGUUAAUGGGAGAAAAAUAUGUUUUGUGCAGAAUUUAGCCCGAAGGGCUUUAUGAUGAAUUUACUCUCGUACCAACCCGUAUUUAUAGCCCGAUAGAUGUUUUAAAAUGAUACCUUAUUACUUAUAUUUACAUUUGUGACUUAUUUAUACUUUAUAUUUGCCUGAUUGUGACUUUUAACGUGUGAAAUACAUUAUUUUUAAACCCAACGGCAAGUAUGUAAUCCACUGAACGCACGUCGACCCUUUAUGACGUCACUGAGAAAUUUCGUUAAACGAUUAUGCAUACGCACAUCUAUGACCUCUUGACCCCGUACCUGUAUUUAUACAGUUAUAGAUACGCAUUGCUUUCAGUAGUGUUAUAUAAAGGAAAACAUUUGCAAAUGUAUAUAUUCAAUGUUCAAGUGUUUCUAUUUGAUUAUGAGACUUUAAUAAAUCAUAUCCAAUCUGC